AUGACAUCUGUCCGUGCAGGUGUGGAUCUGAAGUUAGAAGCACUUUCCGGCGAUGAGUAUUGUCACGACGCUAACGCUAGUUUAGAUCUUCACAAGUCGGCAGCGUGGGAUGUGAGACGACGCGACACGACUGCAGAGAGCGCACAGCCGGCGGAAGAAACGUGGAGCGAAGACCAAAACAACGCUGGAACAUCUUCGCCUGAGGAACGACUGGAGGAGUCACUAGGGGGCAGCACUGAGAAGGAACACCUGACCUCAUCUAGACAGUUUGCAUGUGACGUUAAUAGUACUACCUCCAGCCAGCGGGGUGCUAGUGAGACACCAGGAGAGGAGGAAGCUGUGGGACUGAGGAAGAACGCAGAGAGGAAAACCAGCCUGGAAGCUGCAGUGACAUCAGGGGAAAAAAAGGAAACAGCCAGGGCAGAAGAAGAAGGACACAUUCAACCCAGGAAGAAGAAAGAUGGACAUUCGAUGGAACCAGAGAAAGAAAAACGUGACGCUCACCCGAAGGGUGACGACGGGAACGAGAAGUACGCCCGGGAACCUUCUACUCCACAUCCUCCUCUGCAGAAGAAGAAGAGCCGUGGAUGGGAAGCAGCCAGCAGAGAGACGAGGAGAACAAAGGAGGAGAAAGAAGGGAAGAAGAUUCAGAAGGAAGAGUCCACUGGAAGGCGAAGACGGAAGGCAAAGCUCCAACUCAAAGAACUGGAAUCUCAUGCUAGCGUUCCCUCACAUGAAGAACAAGCGGAAGAUCAGGAGAAAGAGUAGAAAGUGACAACCAAGCAGGAAACAAAAGAAGAUCCUUACUUAAAAUCACCUGGAAGUCCUUCUGAAAAACCAGAAGUGAAAACGGAAUCCUUGGUAGAAGAAGAAGACCCGGAUGGUCAGUCCGGGGGAAACCCACGCAGCAGCGGUGGUGUCCUCAGGUCGUCUCCAUCUUCAUCCUCGGGCCGCCAUGCCAGGAGCUCGCUGAGGUCUUCCUGUGAGGGGAG